GGAGAUCGGGACGUACGAUGCGCACGAGGGAGACGAAGAGGAACGGUCGGGAGAACGGUCAUUGCCACCACCUCACCUCGAGAAGCCGCGCGCUAAAGUCCCCGUCAUCACGAAAAGCGCCGACCCCGACACGGUCUACCAUCCGCGGCUGUCCCGGAGUUUAGCCUGCCGUUCGUUCGUACCAUGGGACUUUGCGUACCGUGGGGGGGCUCUUUCUCUCUUUCUCACGAGGACGAGCGGACGGGCGGGCGAGGGCGAGGGCAAGCGGGUGAGCGAGUGAGCGAACGCGCUCGGACGAUGCGUGUCGUCGUGCCGCCUGCCGAUUCUUCGUGCAGGGGGAGCGAGUCGGUGAGCACCUGGAUCGGGGGAUCGGUUGAUCCAGAAGUCGUGAACCAGCAAACCAGUUCGAUAGGUGCCAGCCGUGGCGAGCGGGUCGAGCCGGUCAGCAGUCCGUCCGCUCGAGUAGCCCACAUCAGGAGCGAGAGGAUAUCCUGCCACGAGCCAGUUCGUUCCUGGCGCCUCAGCGGCGAUAUCGCGCGCAAGCGGUGGCUGUCCGCCGGUCCCGAGGUCCCGAGAGGUCGAAGGACGUCCUCGAGGAGCACGUGGAAAGGUCGCGCGGGGUCACCGAUGAAACGGGGAGGAGGACUGCGCCGGACGCGCAGGGUAUCAACACUCCGUUGACUUGGACCACGUGGGAGGGGGGGGGGCGGCGGCGCAGCUGCCCGUCACAGGCUAUUCGUGAUCGGUCACGAGAGCGUGGCCACUUGCUUGCUGACCAACACACACACGUGACCCGCGCCGUGGGAAUCUCGGAGAUUCGCGACGCUCCGAGGGCGACGAUGCAACGUCGCGAGGUCUGAACACUCGGGGAGAGACGCUUCGCGGCAUCGCAGGGACAGAGGCAGAGGCAGAGGCAGAGGCCAGUCCGCAAGUCCGUCGACCGGCAGUGUCAGUCAAGAUGUGCGAUCGGCGAAAACAGGCCUGGGCCUGGGCCGUUCUCAUCGGCAACGUGUUGAUCCAUACCGCGGUUAUCGCCAGUCCAAUCUACGUUCCUCAAUUUCAACCGGGAAGCACCGGCAGGAACAUCAGGCACUUGCCCUGCGUGUCACGCAGGAGCGGCGAGACGGGCGUGUGCAUGUUCGCGUUUACCUGCGCCAAGGCUAACGGCACGCACCUCGGCACCUGCAUCGAUCGCUUCUACUUCGGUAGCUGCUGCAAGAUCGACGACGAGCCGGACAUCUUCCCGCAGGACAACAGCAUCGACGACGGCCCGUCGCCGCCGAGGCCGUCGUUCAUCACGACUGACGGGCCUAUCGAGAGCAACGACAUACCGGAGUACUUCGCAAGGCCGAAGCCGACCGAAGUCGAGAAGUACGCGAGCAGCUCGCAGCAAGCCACGACGACGUCUGUAAAGCCGAGCACGCCGAGCACGCUGAGGGACACGACAAAGUUCGUGACGAGGAAGCCGACGAUCACGACGAUCGAGACCACCACACAAACCACUCGUCUCUCGACAUUCCAGACCGUGCAGAGCGCUCCCGAGGGAGCCGCCAGCACGGAAGCCACUUCGUCCAAGAGCACCGUCGGCAUCGUCGUGAACAACAGACCGUCGAGCGUGUUGUCGAGCACAACGAGAAGACCCACCAAGCCAUCCACUUCGUCCAGUCCGCGACCCAGCACCGAGAACGCGACGAAACUGGCCGUCAACACGACAAUCUUGAAAACGACGACGACGAAGAGGCCGGUCGUCACGACCACGAUACAGAGACCGACGCACACCUCGCACAAGCCGAGCUCUUCGACCACGCGCAGACCCGUUCAAUCGACCAGCACGAAGACCGAGCCAGCUACGAUACCUUCAACCAGGUUCCCGCCGAGGAACUCGACGUCGCCCAAGCCGCUGACUCAGGCGACCACCAGGAAGCCCGUCAGCAGCACCAAGAGACCGACCACCAGCGACAUCAGCAGCACCGCGACAGUGCUAACGAAACGCCCGGUAACGACCACGAAGAAACCCACCACGUUAACGAAGAGACCAUCAAGUCCCGCCGCGAAACCCACCGCGAGCUCCAGUCUUGGAAGCACUUUAGCAGCGACGACCAGACCUCAUACGACCUCCGGAUCGUUCAGCAGUGUUGGAUCCUCAAGCACGAGCGUCACGGAGAGUACCUUGGCCUCCAGCGGGAGCAGACCGUCGACCGCGAGUACGACGACUACGAGCACGAGCAGUCAGAAGAUUACUUCUACCGCCGCGGUUACCGCGACCAAGAGACCGGACCAGAAACCGACCGUCACGAGAACCACGACGCCGCGGACGAACCUGAAGGCGACUACAAAGACCUCGACAAUCAGAACGACUACGGUCAGGCCGCCGACGACGACGGCGAAAACAACGACCGUCAGCAGAACCACCACGUCUAGGCCGUCGCCGUCGCCGUCGCCGUCGCCGUCGACCACGAUCAAGUCGAAGCCCACCAAGGUCACUAGCACGACGACGAGGACUACAAAGCCCAACGAGUACGCUACCACGACGACCACGGAGAGAACGAGACCGUUGUCGUCGACGGUCGACACUACGAGACCCAGACCUACCACGACGAAACCUACGAAACCCUUGACGAAGGUGCCCGCGACCAUGUCCAGCACUACCGUGGAGGUCACCAUGAGUACCUCGAGUUCGAUGCCCAUGUCUGCCGUUAGGAACGAGACUGCUUCGACCAGCGCGCCGUUUACGAAGGGCCAAGAGGACAAUAACACUCUCGAGGAGAUCCCGCUGACCACUUACUCGCCCGGACUAGUCACGUGGAGCUCGAAUUCCGACGAGGCGUCCACAAGGGCGCCUGAGACGUCGCCGUCGCCGUCGACGUCCUCGUGGACGCCUCCGACGACUACAGCCGCGUCUACGUCGACAGAGCACACAGAAACCGAUUGGUCGUCGAUAACGACUCCGGAUAGCUGGAUAAUGAUUCAGUCGCCUACCGAAAAGUUACCGCAAACUCAAGAGUCGACGACCGAACCGGUUGCGGAACCCACUAUGCAGUCUUUGACUUCUGCCAAACCGAUAACGGAGAGCACCACGAUUCCCGAUUACGUCACGAAGAAACCAAUGACGAUAAGCACUCUGUCAACGAUCGCCAGCGUUACGAUCGACACGGAGUUUCCGGUGCCGAUGGAGACUCUCAAUAUGUCAGACUAUAAACAAGUGUGCGGCCGAAGGCUCUUCCCGGAGUCCAGAAUCGUCGGCGGUGGCCGGAGCUCCUUCGGAAAGUGGCCUUGGCAGAUCUCGUUACGUCAAUGGCGUACGUCCACGUAUCUGCACAAAUGCGGCGCGGCAUUGUUGAACCAUCACUGGGCUAUCACCGCGGCGCACUGCGUCGAGAGCGUGCCGCCCAGCGAGCUGCUCCUGAGAAUCGGCGAGCACGACCUGGCGAACGAGGACGAGCCGUACGGCUAUCAGGAGAGGAGGGUGCAGAUCGUCGCGAGUCACCCGCAAUUUGACGCGCGAACCUUCGAGUACGACCUCGCUCUGCUGAGAUUCUACGAGCCCGUCCUGCCGUUCCAGCCGAACGUGUUGCCGAUCUGCCUGCCCGACGACGACGAGACCUACGUCGGUCGCACCGCCUAUGUCACCGGCUGGGGCAGGCUUUACGACGAGGGACCACUGCCAUCGAUACUGCAGGAAGUCGCGGUGCCGGUCAUUAACAAUACCGUAUGCGAGACGAUGUACAGGAACGCGGGUUACAUCGAGCACAUCCCUCAUAUCUUCAUCUGCGCCGGCUGGAAGAACGGCGGAUUCGACUCCUGCGAGGGCGACAGCGGCGGCCCUAUGGUCAUCCAAAGAGCGCGGGACAAGCGAUGGAUCCUCGCUGGGAUCAUCAGCUGGGGCAUCGGCUGCGCCGCGCCCAACCAGCCUGGCGUUUACACGCGCAUCUCAGAGUUUCGCGAGUGGAUCAAUCAGAUCCUGCAGUUCUGAGCGGCCGCCGCCGUUGCCGCCACCGCGCCGCCACGGCUUGAAAUUCGCGCUUCCACGACGCGCCGACUCCUUCGGACGCCCGUGGCGGCCGCCGAGCGAACGGAUGGCACCAUCUAACGGAGCUGUGAACCGAGUGCAACCUAGUGGAAAAUUAAGGGACCCCGGCGCGAGGA